GGUGAUGAAAGCAGUGUCCGAAUCCUUUCACGCCUUCACCUCCGUAUCCGAACUCGUUCCAUAUAUAAAGCACUGGGCCAUUCAGCCCCUCCCUCUUUUCUCUUCCUUUGAAACGUCCGUGUGCUCUCAAUACCGCGUAUCCACGUCCUAAAGGCUGGCGCUAGCGAGGAAUUCCUAGCUUCUGAUUCCAUUUCGCGAACCACGCCGGACGUCGUUCGUGUCUACGACCAUCUCAACGCAUCGAUAACGAAUCUAACGAAUCUGAGCUCGAUCCACGAUGUACGCCUUGCAGUCCCCUUUGUCAACUAAGCUUUCGCCCAAAUCUUCCCCUUGCGCGCUAGGGGCUCUCAUAGACACCACAAACUCAUUACGCAGCACCGAUGUUCUCCCAAAACACCCUCGUUUACCCCUCUCUCGCUCCAGAAAGGCCCCGCCCACCGUCUCACUCACGAACGCUAACGCCAUCAGCACCUGCGCCCACACACACCUACCUCCAUCUCCACUCGAUCUACCAGAUGUCAAGCUACAAGCUCAGAACGCUAUACCCUUCCCAUCCUUUACUGUCGAUGUCUCGAGCACACCUCCUUUCAGUGAGUCCGAGUUGGAUUCUCUCAUGACCAUGUCUGUGUCGUAUCCUGUCGACGAAGUCAUUGGUGAGAUCACGCUGGGUGGAUCUAGCAGUGAGUCGGCUCCUUGGUCUCCACAGAUUCGCCUCCGUCGUAGACGCUCAGAAGCAUGCACUCCUCGAACAAAGACACAGCGCAGAGGCAGCUCGAGAGACAAAGAGGGCAUUGAUGCCGUCCCGCCAGCUCGCAAACGCUCGCGUAAGAGCAGGCGACUUGUCUCAGACUUGCAGUUUCUCGCUACAUUGCACCGCAGCAUCGUUUGGAGACUGCGGAAUGUGGAGCAAGAUGAGACCAAAGACGUGAUGAGUGACGUGGAUGGCUCCGUACACGACUCGGAAGAGCUGUGCUCGAACAAGAUCACAGAGGCACAGGACAAGCUCCUUGUCAGACACCUAUGGCAGCUACUGAUUGAUCAGGGCUGUACGCUUGUAGCGUUCGAUGAUGUCCCGGUGGCAUCUUCUUCGUGUUCUUCCUCCUCAUCAAAAGACGCAGCAUCUCCACUGCUUUCGAGCAAUGUGUCGAGAUCACGUCGCGAUGAUAAGGUGAUAAGAUCGCGCAAGCGCUCGUCACACAGUCUCACGUGUCCGUCCGUCCCGUCUACCUCAACUUCAUCUCCGUUCUUCAAAUUCCCACAUCAGCUCUCUAUCUCGGUCCCCGCAGCGGUCCCUUCUACCGAUCCCCCAUCGCCGACAACUCCGAGUCCGACGUCUGAUCCAGCACGGAUCCUAAGCAUGCCCCAGCUCGUUGCGUCUCUCCUUCUGCAGCAGAAUCAGAAACGCACUACGCGGGCUCGUCCCAGGUGGAGAGCAUGUUGUCGCCGUGCAGAGUCCACCAGUCACGAUGGUGGUGGUGGGUCUCCUGGGCCGCAAACGUCAAGCAAUGGCCGCAAAUGCGUGUACUGCCAUAAGGAGAAGAAAUCGAAAUCGCCGCUGUCGACAGUGGCAUUUUCAGCGCUUGAGAGUUGAUUCUCAAUGGUGCCUCGUCUUUGCUCCGAUGGCAGUAUAUGGAAUCAGCAGCUCUUUCGGCUGGUUGUGUUUCUGCAGUGCUGCACACUUUAUCUACGCCGACAGGACUAUUUUUAUGACAGUCACGAUCAUAUCACAUAUGUAUCGAUAUAUCUACGGGACUCUACAUUAAGCUAGAGUCUUGUCAUGUUUUAUCACACUAUCCCUCCAAGCGAGGGCUUCAUUGUAUACAAUUUCGCAAUGCAGAUACUAUAUCCAAAUCCAGUUGAAGUUGACUUU